UGUGAGUUUGAUUGGAGUUUUUCAUCAUGACGGUCGUACCGAGAGUGAAAAUGAAUCUUUCGCACUACAUUUCUUCUCCCUCCACGCUUACCAAGAUUCCAUUCUCGUGAUUGGCUGCUUUAGCUUUUGUUCCACGCAUAUGGGAUAACCCCUCGCACGCCACAUACAGCGUACCGCCGAAGUUGUUGGACGUUAAUGUUCCAGCCUUUCCUCGUCCAACCCCCAUAUAACUUAUUCCUCGUCAUCAACGCCAUAUCCACAUAAGAAAAAUUUGUCUCUGUGUGUGUGUCUCUCUCUCACUCUCUCUAUCUCUUCAUCAGCACCUCUCUCCUUCCUCUCAUCUUCCUCAAGCGCUUUCCUUCCCUACAACCCCCCAUACGAAAAACCAUGCUGCUCAAUGCACUUUUGCUGUUCCUUGUCUUCGUCGCUUCCAUCGCAUACAUACUCCUCCGCGUUCCCCUGAAGAAGCUCCCCACGCUGCUCAAGUCUCUCCUCGCCGGGCGCCUGAGUCUGCAACCCGCUUCAGGCUCGUGUGGCGAUUUAGUUGGCGCUGCGGCGACGGCCCGAGAGCAGCAGUUGCUGCAGAAGAGGAAGGAGCGGCCGACUAUGAGUGCUGAGAGGAGGGCAGAGGUGAAGAGGGUCUUCGCGACAUUCGAUAGGAACCGCGAUGGGCUCAUCACGAGAGAGGAGCUGAGGGAGUCCCUGAGGGGCGUCGGGAUCUCCGUGUCGGAUGCGGAGCUGGAGGAGGCGGUGACCGGCUCCGACGCGGACGGUGAUGGCCGUCUCAACCUUGACGAGUUCUGCAGCCUCCUGGAGUCCAUAUCCACGGCCAGUGGUGGGGACGAGAGGGAGGCCAUGAAGGUGGGCGGUGAUUUCGGCGAAGGUGACAGUCAGGAGGCGGAGCUGAAGGAGGCAUUUGACGUGUUCGACAGGGACCGGGAUGGGGUGAUAACGGUGGAGGAGUUGCGGCUGGUCUUGUCAUCGUUGGGAAUGAGGGAAGGGAAGAGGACGGAGGAGUGCGAGGAGAUGAUAAGGAAGGUGGACGUGGAUGGAGAUGGGAGGAUCAACUUUGACGAGUUUAAGAGGAUGAUGAUGAGGGGUGGUCAAACGCUUCUUGUCUCUGCAUAAUUGAGGCGUUUUGCUGGUUUUCUUCUAUUUGUCUUCCUAGUCGUCAAGUGUCAUGCAAAAGAUUGUGUACAGGCAACAGAUAAGAACCUGGAAUAUCAAUCACUUCCUGUUAAUGGAGUCCCUUGCCAGGAUUAUAUGUCCAAAAGGGCACUUGAGUGACCAGCCAUGGAGUGCGCCGGUCACAGAUCAAGUAGAGAUUUCGACAAAUUUUCUCACGCAUUUACGGCAUCGAAUAGAGUUCUCCGGGUGUUUCUCUCUAGGGAUCCGACCGUUGCGACGGAGACCAAAAAUCUAGAGUGGAAGUAGUAGAUUCAUAGAUCUUUACUAUAAGGGAUCACUUAUUUAUCCGUACCAAACGUGAGAAAAGAUUAUUAAAUGUAUAGCGAGAUCCUUUCAAUUUUCCUUUUUUUUUCCAAAAUCAGAUCAUGGUGCAUCAUUUCGAAAUUUGAUGGAAGACUUUUGUGAGU